CUGUGAUACACCUGUCCGAGUUCCGCACACCGGCCCGCGCUAUCGGCUGAUAAAAGUCGCGUUCAUUCCUAUUGUGGUUUCACGCUAUACUUUGUCGCGUUAUAAGAAAUCCGCCGUUACUUCACUCAGUGGAUGUUAGAUAUUAUUUUACUUAACUGGAUGAACUUAUUCUUUUGAAAUUAGAUUUUGAUUCAUUUAAUUUUUUUUCCUGAAAGCAUAAAAACAUUUUGUAUGAUUCAAAAUGGUUCAGCCACUUCUUUGGAGGACAAUACUUUGCUUCGUGAUAUAUGCCAGUUUAGGUGCAUGUCAAGUGAACAAUACUUUUGAAAGUAAUUUUACACAGAGCACCACAAAUUUCCCAACCAUUCAUCCUUCAAACAGUUUUACAGACAAUACCACUAUUUCCACAUCUAGUCAUUCUACAGAACGUUAUACAGAAAGUUCUACAUACAGUUCUAUACACAGUAUCACAGAUUCCCCAACCAGUCAUACUCCAGACGGUUCUAUACACAAUAUCACAGAUUCCCCAACCAGUCAUACUCCAGACGGUUCUAUACACAAUAUCACAGAUUCCCCAACCAGUCAUCCUUCAAACAGUUCUACAGACAAUACCACUGAUUCCCAAAUCAGUCAUGCUCCAGACAGUUCUGCAAACAAUAUCACUACUUCAUCAACCAGUCAUCCUACAGACAGGUCUAUUAGUAAUACCACCUAUUCUACAAUUAAUCAUUCAACAGACAAUUCCGCAGACAAUACCACAGAAAUUAAUACUUCUGCAGACAAUUCUACAAACAAUACCACUCAUUCCCCGCAACAUUUUACUACAACCAGUUCAUCUAAAACAACUGUUGUUUCUCCAGUCAGUAUCGCUCCAACAGAAGUUGAUAAUACAACACAUCCACCAACCCAUAACACUACUAAACCUAUAGAAGUUCUACCAACAGUUCCAUCAUCAGCUCAUACAACUCAACAGCCUGGACAAAGCAUAACAAGUAAACAAGUAAAUACUAUAAUAUCAACACAAAAUGAUACAUCUCCCCAUAUUAAUCUUGGAUCCACUAGUUAUCCAAGUAGCAAGAUAACUCCACAUAUCGUGCCGGGCACGAGUAACUCAUCCGGGAGGCCAGAUGGUGAACCUACAGGUACACAAGGGCCGGAAAACACUCUGGAAACACACGCCGGUAACCAUGGAGUAACAAACAUUAACUCAACAAGUUCAACAUCUGCUGCUAAUAGUGGAGGGGUCCCGGGCUGGGCCAUAGCCCUCCUGGUACUGGUCUGCAUAGCGGUUCUGCUUCUCUUCAUUGUCAUCAUUCUGUUGCUGGUUAUCUGCUGCUACAGAUGGAAACACUACGGCUACCUGGAUGUUUCUGGAGAUCCAAUACCAUAUAGCCACAUCAACCACGGGACAGACAUUCCUAUGCACUCCACUCACAGCCACUACGAGGCGCCCAAUGGGAAGCCAAAUGACAACCCCGAGGCCCCAAGAAGAAACCGAACAGGAACAUAUGUAAUGCAUAAGUGAAACUGGGAAUGAGGCUGCUAUGAUGUUGAGGUGCUGAAUGGAAAGUUAUGAAGCCGCACAGCAAGAGAGCAGGAUUACAUCCGCAGUGACACACACAUGUAUGGGACCCUGUGAUUUCCUCAGUGCAAGUGACAACCACAAGGCCAAAUCUGUUUCACAUGUAUUUUUUUGAUUACCAUCAAGUCCUUUUCCCUUGUUGCAUUUAACAAACAACCAGAAAAAUGCUCCCGUCCAUCAUGUACAACCAAUACUGUCGUUCUGUAACAUACAUCAUCUGGUGGCAAAGGAGUGCUGAUUGGUACCAUUAAAGCCCAAACAUGUCACAGAACAACAUGUAUGGGUGAAGGUGAUGUUUCAAAAUUGUGGAGCUUGGCUCUGACUGCCAAAGACAUGUUUUCAAUAUUAAUUAUUUAUUAUAUUUUCAGUGACUGUAGGACCCACAUAUUUCCUGGUCAGGAAGUGAAUGUGCAGUAAAUGGCAUAGCUUACAGUACCUAUGUAAAUAUAAUUCAGCAUGGAAUAUAAUUUAUGAAUUGUAAAUUGAAGCAAUUUUACACUUAUUAAGGUCAUGGUGCACUUACACGUUUUUAUUCUGUUUUCAUAGUUUAAGUAAUUUUAAACAUAAUUAGCUUUUAUCCAUGUAAAUGGCAAAUCACCCCUAAAAUAUUGUAAUUGUUGUCCACUGUGUACGGUUGUUAAUUUUCUUUUUUUCUAGAUGUUUACUCAAAGCAUUUAAUCACAGGCAAGAUCCUUUUUAUGUAUAUUACUACAUCAUUUGGAAUCUAAAAUAAAGCAACAUCGUUUUUAA